ACGGUUUGUCCAGGUGACGCAAGAUCCGGUUGCUUACAGGGGAAGAUCGUAAGGAGAAGAGCGCCACGUCGGCAGAGCACUCAGUAAAACCCCUUAUUUUUUUUCUAAAAGUUCUGCAACCUCGCAAGCCCUCUCCAGUGAAGAAUAGAAGCGCAAUUGCUAGCGCGGCGCCGUGGUGUUUAAAGAAGAACCUGAUAAAUUGUUAAAAGGAGGAUCCAGUUGGACCAAAAUCCACCACUCAUUUGUCGCAGGUGGGAUUUUAGGAGACGUAACCUUAGAUAACAAUAAUUUGCCGCUGGACGCAGAAAGUGCUGGAAACAAUGGUUAAGAACGUUAACUCGGAAGUGCAACAACAGAGUGGCAUUAUUGAGUGCCGAGAACCAGAAUGUUCAGACAGCGAUCCAGUUGAAGCCACCGAUGCCAAAGAUGGAAAAGAUGGGAAAGAUGGGAAAGAACACCCGGUGGUCCAGCCUGGCAUGAUUUGGCGAGUGACCGGAGGUCUCUUUGGUGCCACCAAGACCGUUGUCGGGGCGACAGUUGGCGGCGUGGCCUGGCUUGGAGGGAAGAGCUAUGAGAUCACAAAAUCUGCAGUCACCUCUGUACCUUCCGUGGGGGUUGGUCUGGUCAAGGGUGGUGUGUCUGCCGUGGCAGGUGGUGUGUCCAGUGUGGGCUCCACAGUGGCCAACAAAGUCCCAUUCACAGCCAAGAGGAAGGACAAGGCAGAGUGAGGGACAAUGGACGUGCAGGGAAACAUAUGCUGACAACAAUGAUCGUGCUGCAGAACAUGAGGAUGAAGAAGAAGAAAAUGAAAAUGAUGAUGAUGAUGGAGAGAGGAAGGACAAUUGUCAUCACCCCGCCCCCCCCUGAGCCAUAACACUAUUCCAGAUGAUGGUGACCUGUUGUGUUGACAUAGUGCUCUAUUUUGUGUGCAUGAACAGGGGUGUAUCUGGGACCUCUUGCAAUUACUUUUUAAUGUUGCUGUGUGUGUGUGUGUGUGUGUGUGUGUGCGCGUGUGCGCGCGCACAUAUGUGCCCAUGUGUGUGCCUGUGUUCUUUUGUCUGUUUUUUUUUUUUUUGUUGUUUGUUUGUUUGUUGGUUGUGGUUUGUUUUUUUCUUGUGGUGAGAGAGCACCCUAUAUUUAGACACCUGAUUACUUCUCCAUCCAGUGGAAGACAAUCAUUUCAGAUAUUUUUGAAAGCUGUUGAAAUGCAAUACUAUUUGUAGAUCUUUGGUUGUUUUGUUGUGUGCUGUGUGUUUUCUAUGUUGUACAUCUUCAGGAUUCCAUCUCAGACUGGCCUGUCUCAAAAUAAGGUGAUCAUAAAGCAUUUGAUUGAGAAAAAAACCUUUACCACCAACAACUGUCUUAGACUGACCGACUGAAAAAUGACUGCUGGUAUUUUACCCAAGUGUACUGUGGAUUAUUGUCAAAACCACAUUGGUUAUUCACUACUCAUUUGUAUCCAGAGUUGUAUGUUUUUACUUCCCAAAGAGUGUAAACUGAAUGAAAUAAAAAAGAUAAGAUAUUUAUUGAACAAGGGCUAUUCUUUGCAGCAUGCCCCUGGCUGUCUUAAAAAAAAAAAAAAAAAAAAAAACAUAUCUGUAUGAAGAUAUCUAUGGAAUUACUGUAUUUCAACACAGCCCUAAAGGAUUUGUACUUCAACAUAAUUAGAAUGUCAGAGUGUACUGUGUUUGAAGUCCGUGCCUUAUUAGCUGUCUGCUCUGGAAUGCAACUGACCCAGAUCUUGCAUGGAGAAGAAUCAGAGCCAAUUCAGAUUCAGGGGCUAACUGAGAAAUGUUAAAUCUUUUUUUUUUUUUUCCUCUGGUUAUAAUAAAGCCAUAUUGGAAAUUAUUUCAUCCAGGUGACAUGGGUUUUUGUUCUGCUUUUUGUUGAU